ACUUUAAUUUUAGUUUUAGUAGAAUAAAUAAUUGAUUAAAAAUAUGUAUGGUUUUUUAAAUGUUACGUGAUUUAAUUGGGAUACGAAUUUAUUAGUUUAGAUUUGGUGGAAAAGAAAGAUAUCUUUGUAUAUUAACUAACCAAUUUAGAAUUUUCAAUAUAUUUUGGAUAUAAUUAAUACAAAAGAGUGUUCAUGGAAAUCUUGGAUUUGAUUCUAUUGACAAAAAUAAAUUGAGAAAUAAUUAAAACCAAUUGUGUACGUGUUUCAAAACCAAUCGGUAUAUAAAAAUAUUUAAUUGUGCUUUUAAUAGAUUAAUUGGACUGUGUAGAUAAUAAUUAAAACCGAGAUUUAAUUGGUUAUUAGAUUAGUUUUUACUAUAUUCUUUAUGGCCUACUGAUGUAUAAUGGCAUGUUCGAAGAACGAUGUUAUAUAAUGGAUCGGUUUAUUGUGGUACGUUUUACAAACUUUGUAUGCAAAAGUAGUCAAUUUUGAUUUUGUAAAUGUUGGAUCUGAUUCUGUUGACAACACUAAACCGAGAAAUAAUCUAAACCAAUUGUGUACGUGUUCCAAAACCAAAUGGUAUAUAUAAGUAUUGAAUUGAAUUUUAGAUAGAAAUAAUCGGAUUGUUUAAAUAAUAUGUAACUGAGAUAUACUUGGUUAUGCAUCACGUUUAAAUUUGGUUAGAUAUGGAACAAUAAUUUUGCUGCUAGAAUUAAAAGCAAAGCAAUGGCAUUCCAUUGUAAUUAUUGAGGAAAACUCAGGGUUAAGUACAAAAUAUACUCCUGUUUUAAUAGUUUAGAUACAUACCGUACGAACCUAUUAGCAUUAACAAUAUAUUUAUAUUGAUUAUAGGGCUGUCUUAUCAAGAACAAUGCCUGCGUUUCUUUUUGAUGAAUGGCUUAGAAAAGAUGCGAUCAAGGAGCAUAGAACUUUCCAUUUUUGGAAAAUAUUCGACGGCGAAUAUUAUAUUUCCAGCCAAAAACUAAAGCGUGCAAAGUUACGGCGGACAACUAAUGUUCCAGGUGUUAAUACAGAAGAUCAAUUUAGCUCAAUUCAGUGAUACGUACGGGGUAUAUGUCUUAAUAUAUUUUGACAAAAAUAUAAUGUUUCUUAAUCUAAAAUAACAUAACAUCAUAUAUAUAACUUCUUCAAAAGUAAGUACAAACAUAGUCACAUAGAUCAUUCGGAUUUGACUUUGGGUGUUUUUUUGUGGUUAGAAUGCUUAAAAAUCUUCUUAUAUUCAAGGCGUAUACUGAUGAUCAGUUAUGGGUAGAUCUGAAUAAAAUAUUGGUUUCUAAUUUCAAAAUUUUUUAAAGAAAUUACAUAUAUACAUAUGAUCCCAAAUUUAUAAGAAAAUAUUAUUAAGUUUUUGAUUAAAUCGCUUACCGCCUCCAAAAUUUCAGUGCCAGCCAUGCGCAUAUUAAACUUCCAAAAUUAGUCAUUCCCUCUGUUCUCGAAAAUAAGAUUUUCUAGAAUUUUUACGUUUAUUAAAAAUAUAAUAAAUGUUUACAAUUUAAUUUAUAAUUUAUUUUUAAUAUAAUUUCUAAUAACUAUCCACCAAUAAAAUUUAAUCAAUUCAAAUAUUCACAAUUAAUGUUUCUAAAAAAUAUAAAAUUAAAUUACUUUAAAAAUAUAAAAAAAAUCUAUUUUUGUGGAACAAAAAUAAAAUAUAGAAAAUCUUACUUUCGGGAAAAAUGUUUAACUAGAAUUUAAAUACAUGUGCUAAAUCCAAUAAAAAAGAAUAAAAUAACAUAAAAUUGUUUGGAGACCCUAUGUGUGUCUAUAUGUAGACAGUAAAUAUAACGGUCAAUUCUUUAGUGCAUGUGCCUACUUUCAAAAGAGGCAUUUAAGAAUAGUCUUACUUUAAGAACGAGCUAAAUAUAAGGGUCCUCCACCCUUCGAUCCUUCUUAAAUUUCAUACUUCUCUUUUGUUUUAGUGAGACGCAUUCAACCACUUAAGCAUACGCUUUAAAUGCUAUAAGGUUUAAAAUCUUAAUAAUAAUCAAAACCCAAAGUUCUCUGUGAUGGUGAAUCGUGGUUUUUCAACUAAGGUUUUGUCUGGUUUUCUUAUAAUUCUUCUGGUGAUACAACUACACUUUGAGACUACAACGGGAGCUCGACAUGCGCCGGUUGUUUCCUGGUCACCACCUGAGCCGCCAAAUGAUGAUUUUGUGUGGUACCACAAAAUCAAUCGCUUCAAGAACAUCGAACAAGAUGCGUUCAGACCGACUCACCAAGGCCCUAGUCAAGGUAUCGGACACAAGAGCCCUCCUGGAGCUUCUUAAUACCCAUUUGUUUUGGAUUUGGAGAUAUAUACCGCUUUUUCGCUUAGAGUUCGCGUGUGUUUUGGAUAUUUUGUGUGCCGUUUUACGUUGGGGUAAAAGAAAAGAAGAAGAAGAAGAUGGAGAGGACCGUGAAUCGAACAAGAAAAUAAUUUCAGAUUUUUUUUUUCAGAGUGAUACGUCGUCUAUGAAAGGCUAUGAAGACAUCUCUUAGUUUGCUUGUAUUUUUCUUUUCGGUGUUUUUUUGUUCUACGUUGAGACUUGAGAUGUCCAUUCUUUUUAGUCGAUAUGUAGUUAUUUUCUCGGUUUCAAAUAAAGUUAAUAAUUGAUUGCAUUAAUCUUUUUAGCCACCUAACAGUUAAAUAUUUGUUUUAGCUUUAUCAUAGGCAUUUUGAUGUUAUAGCUACAUAAAUUUGAUAAAUAAAAGUUAUGAAUAGUUUCGCAUCAUAUACAUGUU